UGCAGCUGCUCUGCACCGAUCAGGUCUUCCUCUUUCCACCCAUAUGAUGCUGAAUUGGCUUCCUGAAAAUCAAAACCACAAGCCAGAAAAAUAAAAAGAGGCAGAGAACUUUCUGUGCAAAAACCAUUCACAAGAAAAAGAAAAAGGUUUAGACAGCGCAGGAAGACUACCCGGACCCUCCAUCCCCAACCCACGAUGAAAUUCUUUUCCAGCCUGUGCCAGUGAGAGUAAUGGACGUGCUUCGGGUGUUCCUGUUGGCUCUCUCCGUGACGGCACCCAGACCAGGCCUGCUGGAGUUGGUGGUGCCUUCUGCCUUCCCUGAGAACAUCACACAUGGCAGUGAUGGGAACAUGCAUGCAGAACCAGGACUCUCAAGGGAGGAACCCUUCCGCCUGGUGAAUAAUAAUAGCACCUGCAAGGGCACUGUGGAGGUCCAUUACCAUGGGAUGUGGGUGCCAGCGUGUGGGGAUUCGUGGAGCAUGAAGACUUCUCAUGCAGUCUGCAGACAGUUGAACUGUGGUGUGGCGAAGUGGGAGUCAGCACCUGCAGAGAAAGAACCCCUGUACACUUUUCAGAGCUGCCCAGCCAUAAACAUCAGCUGCGGAGAGCUAGGAAGCCAGGAGGAGCACUGCCUCGUGCAGCUCUCAGUCUCGAGGACAUGCUGCAGUGGAAAGCUGGCCCAUAUCACCUGCACAGGGCACCGAGCCGUGCGCCUGGCUGAUGGGGGCAGCCGUUGUGAAGGCCGCGUGGAAGUGUCAGAGGCUGAUGUCUGGGGCACCGUGUGUGAUGAUGCCUGGGAUAUGGUUGAUGCUGAUGUUGUAUGCAAGCAGCUGAACUGUGGCUGGUCCAUCCAGGCUCCAGGGAACUCCUCUUUCCAGAAGGGGACAGGCCCCAUCCACCUGGAUGAGGUCCACUGCGUUGGGAAUGAGUCCUCCUUGUGGGACUGCCUCGCUGAGAGAAGUCACGACUGUGGCCACAAGGAAGAUGCAGGCGUGGUGUGCUCAGAGCAUCAGCAGUGGCGCUUGUCGGGGGGCAAGGACCAUUGUGCUGGCCAGGUAGAAGUCUACUACAAAGGCAGCUGGAACACAGUAUGCGAUGGGACCUGGUACCUGGAGGAGCAGUCUGUGCUGUGCCAGUCACUGGGGUGUGGCUCCCCAGCCAAACAGCUGCACUUCAACCACACACUGCAGGGCAAGAUGAACUACCAGUGCUUGGGGCAUGAGGCCUCUCUGGCCCAAUGUAUCUGGCACUACAACAAAAUGACUGUCUGCCACCAGUCCCGAGCUGCCGGCGUGAUCUGCAAUGGUAACACUGCUCUCACCUAGAGGCCUGGAUUUCAACCCCAG